AUGGUGCAGAGCAGGGCUGCCGUUUCCCACCCUUCAGACUUGGAGGAGGUAUUCAGGGUCAUCCGACAGAACAGAUUAAUGUUAAACCCGAAGAAGUGCACCUUUGGUGUCAGGACUGGGAAAUUCCUGGGCUACCGAGUGACUCCGCAGGGCAUUGAGGUAAACAAGGACAAAGUACAUGCUAUCAUAAACAUGACACCACCUAGAAAUGUUAAAGAGAGCAGGGCUGCCGUUUCCCACCCUUCAGACUUGGAGGAGGUAUUCAGGGUCAUCCGACAGAACAGAUUAAUGUUAAACCCGAAGAAGUGCACCUUUGGUGUCAGGACUGGGAAAUUCCUGGGCUACCGAGUGACUCCGCAGGGCAUUGAGGUAAACAAGGACAAAGUACAUGCUAUCAUAAACAUGACACCACCUAGAAAUGUUAAAGAGGGGGCAGAGCUGAACUAUUCUGAGUUGGAAAGAGCAGUGCUGAUAGUGUUGGUCACAACCCGAAGGCUAAGACCGCUGCGAUUAAAGCGCAAUCUCUGGCAGACUUCAUACAAAACUACCAGGGUUGAGAAACAGAUCCCCUGGAGGGCAUUCGUGGAUGGUUCUGUCACGAAGGACAGGUGCGGGGUGGGCAUCUAUAUCCAGUCCCCCGCUAAUGACGAUUUACAAUUUGUAAUUAAAUAUGAGCAGCGUCUGUCCAACAAUGAAGCCGAGUAUGAAGAUGUUGUCAGGGCCUUGUCCAUUUUAUCAGAAUUAGGGGCUGAAUCUGACUGUAUUGUUGAACAAAUACCCCGCGAACAGAAUAACAGAGCUGACUUAUUAGCAAGGAUGGCCAAUGUUGUAAAGCAUAGCUGGACCGAUUCAGUGACUUUACUCUUUGAGCCUAGCACAGAAAACAAGCAGGGCAUUUUUAGCUUGGAACUAUACAAGCGGUCCUUCACCCACCCACUACUAGAGUGCCUAUCUCCCGAGGAAGCACAUUUUGUUCUCAGGAAAGUUCACCAGGGCUACUGCGGGAAUGAUGCCAGAUAUAAAGAUUUGAUGCGAAAAAUUGUCAGAGCUGGGUUUUAUUGGCCUACACUGGCAGAAGAUGCCAAGCAAUUUGUCAAGAAAUGUGAAAUUUUCCAGAAGUAUGCUCUGUGUAUCAAUAUCCCCAGAGAAACUAUGGGUGCCAUGUAUGCCACUUGCCCCUUUGAUAAGUGGGGGAUUGACAUUGUAGGGAAGCUUCCUACUGCUCCUGGGGGCAGAUGUUUCUUGAUAGUAGCUGUAGAUUACUUUUCUAAAUGGGUGGAAGCAGAGGCAGUGACAAAGAUAGAUGAAUGCACCAUUGAGAGGUUCUUGUGGCGCAAUAUUUGA